AUGGAUAAAUGGAUAUGGUAUGGACUUGGAUGUAUUUCUGAAAAAACAAAUAAAAGAGAUAUUGAAGAAUACUUUAACAAGAUUGGUCCUGUGUUAAACGUUCAAACUGGUUCUUCUGAUUUUGCAUUUGUUGAUAUGCAGUAUGAGAGAGACGGUCAAGAAUUACUAGGAUUACAAGAAAUUAUAAUAAGCGGAAAACGUGUUAAAGUUGAAAAAGCCAAAACAAACGAAGAACGAGAAAUUCAUAGGGAGAAAUAUAGAGAAAGAUUUAUAAAUAAUCAUCAUCAUCAUCAUCAUCAUCAUCACAACAACAAUAAUAACAAUAACAACAACAACGACAACAAUAAUAUCACAAACUUAAACAAUAAUCAUUACAGUAACAACAACAACAACAACAACAACAACAACGAUAAUAACAAUAACGAUAAUAACAAUAACGAUAUGAAUAAUAUGAGCUAUAAUAAUAAUAACAAUAAUAAUAAUGGAAUGAGAGGUGAAAGCCAAGGUUAUAGAGAUCAAGGUGGUUACAGAGAUAGUCAUCGUGAUAGAGAUAGAGACUCUUAUGGUGGUAGAGAGGGCAGCCAUAGAGAUGGUGGUAGAUCAAACUACGAAGAUAGGGACAGAGGUUACAAUAACAACAGAGACCAUCAUCAUGGUGGUGGCGGUGGUCACAGAGAUCAUAGAGACAGAGAUUAUGGUCAUAGAGAUGGUGGUUAUGGUAAUAGAGGUGGCGAUAGAGACCAUCGUGGCUCUGAUAGAGGUGAUCGUUAUGGUAACGAUAGAGACAGAUUUAGAUCAGGUGGCGGCAGAGAUGGCGGCUACAACAGAGGUGGCAAUGACCGAGAAAGAUUUAGAUCUGACAGAAGAGACAAUGGUGGUCCACCAAUGAGCAAGUUUGAUUCCAUCUGUUACAAUUGCAGAAAAUCUGGUCAUUAUGCUAGAGAUUGUCAAGAAAGACCAAGAAAUCCAAAUUAUGCUGAUACUAAAGGUACUUUAAAGGAUAGUGGUAGAUUCCACCCUUAUACCAAUGAUAGAAGAGGUAAUAACUUCUCUCCACGUAGAAGAUAUGAUGACGAUCGUAGAAGUGGCGAUCAUCAAAGAGAAAGAGAUUUCGAUAAUAACGAUAGUGGUAGAGAUAGAGAUAACUAUAGCAGCAGCAGCAACAGUAAUAAUAAUAAUGGUAGUAGCAGCAGUGGUAACACUAGAAAGGAUGACUCUCCAAAUGACGUUGUAAGUGAAAGAGAAAGAGACAGAGAUAAUUCUCCAAGAGAUUAUAACAGUAGUAAUAACGCAAAUAACAACGUUGACAUUCCAUCUCCAACUCAAGCCAACAUUGAAAAUAUUUCAAAAAAUAACAGUGAUUCCAAUGACGAUCAAAGAGAUAGAGAUUAA